GACAUAUAAGUUAUUAUAAAAGCCCUAAACGCAAUACUAUCCGUGUUUUGAGUGAGUGUAAUGAAUUGUUUUCUUUCUCUCUCCAUUACCUGUGCGUGUGUGCUGCAGCUCCGGGGAAACAACGUGUGAUAGAGACGGACAUGCGCGGAGCUGCAGCGAACAUGGCGGCCUGCAUCUGACAGAAAGUGAGGGCUCCACCAUCAAAAUACGCGGCUCCAACGGUAAGAGCCUGUCUGACUUCCUCUGCUGGAGCAGGAUAACAUCUUGGUCAUCAUGGGCCGAACACUACACAAAGAUCAGAAAGAGGAGAAGAAGGAGAAGCCGAGCAGUCCCAGCACAGGCUCUGCACUUGACAAAUCUAACGAGCCAUUCAGUUGGGAAGACUAUCUGAGAGAAACAUCGUCCAUUGCCGCCUCACCCACUUGUUUCAAACAGUCCAGACUUCCCCCCUGCAAUGACUUCAAGGCGGGCAUGAAACUCGAGGCUCGUGACCCUCGUAACUCCAACUCUGUGUGUAUCGCGACGGUGAUGGGCAUGAUGGGUACUCGCUUACGCUUGCGUCUGGAUGGCAGUGACAACACUAACGACUUCUGGAGACUGGUGGACUCAUCUGACAUCCAACCGAUAGGAACCUGUGAAAGGAACGGAGACAUGUUGCAGCCCCCGCUAGGUUUCAGAAUGAAUGCUUCUUCUUGGCCUAUGUUCCUCCUACGAACGCUGAGUGGAGCAGAAAUGGCACCAGCCUCUGCGUUUAAGAAGGAGCCACCCAGCCCCAUUAAAAACUUCUUUCAACCUGGUAUGAAGCUGGAAGCUGUGGACAAGAAGAACCCUUACCUGAUUUGUCCUGCCACAGUGGGUGAGGUCAAAGGCCAGGAGAUCUUUGUCAUGUUUGACGGCUGGCGAGGUGCCUUUGACUACUGGUGCCCCUUCGACUCCAGAGACAUCUUCCCUGUCGGCUGGUGUGCCUUGACAAAACACAGUUUACAACCGCCUGGAAACUUCUUUACGCUCCCGGGUGCUCUCCUGGCCCCUGUUUCCUCCCCCUCAGCUUCCCUCACAACACGUCGCUCCACGUCCAACUCUUCCUCCUCCAACAUGCAAACUUCAUACAGACUGCCCAACCCAUUGCCCCCCCUCCCAGUGCGAAAGGGUGUCAGAGGUCGCCGCCCUAAGUCGCAGACUAUCGCUUUGUUAAAAGCAGCGGCCGAGGCUGCGGCGGCUGCAGCAGUAAAUGGAGCAUCAGAGAGCCCUGUCAGGACCACUCAACUGACCCUCAGACCACACAGGAAGCGAGGGCCCAAGCCUGGCAGCAAGAGGAAGUCUCGGAUGGUGCAGUCGCUGGGGGCAUCGUCAAUUAAAGCUCCUCCUCCAGAGACGAGACUGAGCUCCAACCAUGUGUCAGUAGACAACCACCACAGCAACAGCUCAAGCGUGGUCUGCACAGUAUGUGUGUACGUAAACAAACACGGUGACUACGGCCCACAUCUUGACCGUAAACUAGUACAGCAGCUCCCAGACCACUUUGGCCCAGCUCCUGUCAACCCCGUGCUUCAACAGGCCGUUCAGGCCUGUGUGGACUGUACGUACCAGCCCUCUGUGCUGCUGUCAUUUCUACAGAGCCAGUCCCACACAGGAGGCGAGGUCAUCCGAGUGCGCUCCGAGCAUGGUAUCCGUUACGUGAAGCUCCCCUCCGUCACCAGCGCGUCCACCGUGCUGAGGUUCUUGGAGAACAUGUGUCAGCAUCUGGAGAGUGUCAGUCUGUUCAGCUCACAGCCUUUCAGCCCCUACAACAAAAACACACGCUUCUUUGAAAGGACAAAGUCAGAACCGAUGUCCCACACAGAAAACGGCUUGUCUAAAGAUGAUUCCACAAAGGAUUCUCUUCCCAAAGCGCGAUCUCCUCACGUAUCGGCGGACUAUCGAGCGACGAAGAGGGAGCGGCCAUAUUACACCUCACACUCACACACACCUCCACCUCUACGGAGAGUCAGCUCUAACCCAACCGAACACGGUCCAGUGGCUACACACAGACGUGUGGAGGCAGCUAGCUCAACAACCGGCCCAGACCAGGUGACACAGGACAAGGAAGGUCCUGGGAACAAUGCAUCUUCUUGGUCGGUUGAUGAAGUCAUCCGGUUUGUUCAGUCGGCCGAUCCACUAACUCUCGGCCCACAUGUGGAACUGUUUAGGAAGCAUGAGAUUGAUGGAAGGGCCUUGAUGCUUCUACGCAGUGAUGUCAUUAUGAAGUACAUGGGACUGAAGUUGGGCCCGGCACUCAAACUCUGUCAUCACAUCGAGAAGCUGAAACAGACCAAACAAUGAAGGCUCUUGUCACACAUGCGUAUUCUUUUACAGGGAACCCACCUUAACAUCAGUCUCUGAGGCAUUUAAUGUACAUAGCGUAUGUGCAUUUGGAAAGUUUUAGCAAUCCUGAUGCUACUGUCAAUCAACAGCUUACACAUUGUUGGUGUUGUUCCAAACUUUCAAGCUAAUAAAUUGGAUGUUUAGGUUAAAGAAAUUAUGUUGGACUUUGGAGUGUUGGCUUUUAACGACACAAACAUUCGGAGAAAUAUGUCACAAAUCCAAUUCAUAGAUUCAGAAUUUUGUUUUUUAGUGUUUGUUUCAGAGUGGAGGUGGCCUCGGUGUUGUUUGCUCUGAUAUAAUCUAGUUUUUGUUACUUGCCAAACAUUUACUUUACAUUAAAGCAGUACAGUUUCCGAUGAUUAGCCUUGUUGUGAUUAGUAUCCAAUAUAUGAGGCAUGUUUUUGUAUUUCGUCUUUUUGCCUUAGCAUGAGCAUCGGGCCGUAAUUUAAUUACAUUAAUUACCUUUUAAACCUCAGACAGACACUGUAGCUUUUGCCGUUGUAAACAUUUUUUACACUAACAGCGACUGCAUCGUUGUGGUGUUGGCUAACAAUGCAAUAAGAUUUCUGACACGUUGCUUUUUUGAAUGUAAUAAGUCAUCAAAAAAGGUACCGGACUGCCCCCAGGUAUGUGAAUAGAAGUCAAAUGUUGGACAAGGGGUUGUUUGUGAAGUCGUACACAAUUCAGCGUCCGCAUUCAUUUAUUUUUUACUCGCAUAACUGACAAAUAUCGACAAGUAUUAAAUAUGGCGUUUUGCUGACGAUCACUUUGCACUCAUGUUGUAGUUGUACACAAUUUGUUACUUGUUUAUGUUUCAUGUGCUCAAAAGCUUCAGCUUGAGUUUGACUUGACUCGUAUUACGUUUUGACAUUUGCAUACAUUAACCAUGACUGGAACUCUGUUAGUGGCGACAAUGAAAUAAAAGCAACCAAGUAACUUAACUACCAGUUAACUACCAGAAGUUAGUGAUCCUGAGACUGGGGGUUGUGUGUGUUCAUUCCCAAAAGUUUUUUUUUAUUUUAUUUUAAAUCAGUUUAUAGUGUAAUAAAGUGUAUUAAGUGUAAGUGUUAUAAUUUUGUCUGCCUAAUAUUACAGGAUUACAUUGUGACAGAGUGAUUGUUGAUUUUGUUAUUGGCAAUGUAGUUUUUUCUUAGCAGCAACCAAAUGUGUUUCUUGUAGAUUCAUUUCACACUGUUGCGCUCCCAUCGUGGUAACAAGUUAAUACUUGAAGCCUUGCUCUUGCUUUAAUGUAAAACUCAGGUUUUUAGUGGUUUCUUAGAUGAUGUUUUACAGUAGCACGUGUUCAUACUCCCAUCAUAGAGGAUCUACAGUAUAACCAGCUAUGUAUAUUUUCAACUGCCUUGUCAUAUCCUGCAGCAUCUUGUGUGUGUACAUAGAAAAACUUUUUACUCCUAAGCUAAACAAAUGUUAUAUACAGUAUGUUUGAUAUGCAUUCUCACAAUUAAACAUUUCUU